AAAACAAAUGUACUGGUGAAUUAUACCGAAUUAACGGCAUUAAUGAAAAGGCUAAAGAAGUAAAAGAGGAGAUUUUGGAAUUCAAAAAUGAAAUAAAAAUCUGGGUGCAACGAAAGAGUCAAUUAGAAGCCGCCAAAACGAAUGUAAAUAGUAUUUACUCAUCGGAUGAUCCUCCUAAAGAUCAAGAUUAUAAAUAUUAUCAAGAAAAGUACGCCAUAGCUCAUGAAUACAUUUCUGGCUGGAGCAAUUGUAUAGAUGACAUUCAAGAUUGUCAAAUAAAGUGUGAUGAGCUUGAAAGGCUUUUUGACGAGUCUAUUCAGAAACACAAAGACAUUAUGACAAAAACCCUUGAUCAACUUACAAAUUUGAAUUUAUCAGAUGGGAAUUUAUAUUCCUAUUUCUAUAAGUGCUUCAAGCCAUUCAUUUGUUGUAGUUUUGGCUUUUUCUCAAAUAAUCUUGGUGUAAAAGGUCUGGAUAUAAUUUACG